AUGAGUCUACUGAAGCAGAUUCUUUUGGUUCUAUGGAAGAAUUUUACUAUCCGCCGUCGACGAUGGCCUCGAGUUAUAUUCGAAUUGAUAUGGCCUAUUGUAUUGUUCCUGAUUCUUAUGUGGAUACGAACAAGGAAUUUAACAACAUAUUAUGAUGCUUGUUAUAAUGAGCCAAAAUAUCUUGGAUCAACUGGAUUUUUGCCCGCAUUACAAAGUUAUAUGUGCCAGUGGAAUAAUACGUGUUAUAAUCAAUCGUCAACAACUGAUGAGUUCAAUGGCGAAUCAUCAUUUUGGAGGCGAAUUUCUAGUUUCACUGACGGUCUUUCCGCUAUUUUAAAUGAUCAACAAACAUCAAGUUAUCUAAGUGAAAUUUUUUCGGACUUAAAUAUAUCUAAUAGUCAUGGAGACCUUUGGAAUGGGACUAUUCAAGCAACUCAAGAUCAGAAUGAUUUCAACCAAUCAAUACCAAAUACAAUCAUAACAGCACUCUUCGAGAAUCCAAUCAACCUGGCGAAUCUUCAUCAAUCCUGGUUUCUAAAUCAAACGCACAAUUCAUUAUCAAAUUUAGCUGUAGCAGCACAAAUAUAUUUGGCUUCGAUGCAAACAGGACUUGCUUAUUCAUAUCAAUCGGAUAUUGAUAUUCAACAAGCAUUUUGUAUUGCUGGAGAAUUUAACAGAACGUUUUCAGUUAGUGAAAAACAAAUAAAUGAAACAAACAAUUUUUUAUGUUAUGAUUUGCCUGCAGAGGAUUUAAAAUCCUUUUUAAUUAGUGUACAACAACAACUCGAUGAACAAUUUUUGGCUGAUGCACAAUCAAACACGGUACAGAUGCCUGUUGAUGCAUCCAAAAUUAUGCACACAAUGAACGAACUUUCUCGUCAUUUGAAAACACUAAAUGUUAACUUUUCCAUGGACAUGAACAAUAUCAACAUCAGACAUUUGAGAUCAAUUUAUGUUGAUAUAAAAUAUGGAAUUCCUAUUGUCAGAUCAUAUUGUAAUUUGGGUAUUAAUAUGAAAAAAUUAAAUGAUAGAAAAGAAUUCAAACAAGCACUUGAGUUAUUUCAUAAAUAUGAACAUAAAAAUAGUGAAAUAAUAUCAGAUGUGGCCAUCAAUCAAGCAUUAAAAUCGUUUACUAACAUGGAAGAUUUUCAAGGUGGUUCAGAUAUUUAUCAACGAUACUUAUGUCGCAUAGAAAAGAAUUGUUUUACAUUAGCAUCAAUUAUUCAUUUCUAUAUGCAAUCUGGGAAUGUUAAUCGUGCUCAAGAAAUAUUUAAUAAAUCAAAGCAGAAAACAAUGGGAAUUUAUGGAGCAAUGAUGAAAGGUUUAAUAAAAAAUGAUAUGUUAAAUGAAACAGUUCAUCUUUUCUUUCAAAUUCCAAAUCCGGAUGAAAUUAUUUUUGUACUUUUUUUUCAUGCUUGCGCUCGAAUAGGAACAGAAGAAGCUUUACGUUUGGCCAAGAAAGUUCUAUCAAACCUUCCGAAUUCUUAUCGUGAAAAUUCAAAUAUUCUGACAACUGCUUUUGACGCAUUUAUUAAAUGUGGUGAUUUAUUAUUUGCUGAAAAGCUCUUACCUAAGAUUAAAAAGAUUUCAAUGAGUUAUGGAAAUUUAAUGAAGGCUUAUAAUAAAAAUAAUCAACCAGAAAAAACUUUAGAUUUAUAUGAACAAAUGAAAUUCGAUAAAAUUGAACCAGAUGUAAUAUGUUAUCUUCUAUUAGUAAAUGCUUGUUCUAAUAUUGGAAUUCUUUCAAUAUGCCAAUCAAUAUUUGAACAAAUUCCAAAGUCUUUCCUUGAUAAUUCUUAUAUUAAAAAUGCAUUAGUUGAUAUGUGGGGAAAAUCAAGUUGUAUAGAUAGAGCGGAAAAUAUAUUUCAAUCAUUAAUUCAACCAGAUACAAUUGGAUAUACAUCAAUGAUUAAUUCUUAUGGAUUAAAUGGAAUGGGUAUUCAAGCAAUUGAACUGUUUAAUCAAAUGCCACGAAAAUUAAUUUUAGAAGAAACUUAUGUUUGUGUUUUAAAUGCAUGCUCACAUUCAGGACUUAUUGAUCAAGCCCGUUCAAUAUUUUCUAAUAUCACUAAUAAAACCGAGAAAAUUUAUGCUACUAUGGUCGAUUGUCUUAGUCGUUCAUUUCUUUUUGAAGAAGCACAGGAAUUGAUUGACAAUUAUGAAUCUUAUCACUCACCUUCACCAACGAUGCUUACGGCAUUGUUAUCCAGUGCUCGAAAUAGAAGAGAUCGUCAUUUAUCAGAAAAGAUCUUCAAUCGUAUUCAAGAAAAUUUUCCUGAACUUAAAAAUCGAUUAAUAUCGGCUUCAAUUCUACUUUCUAACGUUUAUGCAUCGACAGGUGAUGUAGACAAGUCAUCCAAUAUAAAAAAUAACUUGUAUCAACUUGGUCUAAAGAAAAAAAUUGGUCUAUCUUGGACUGCAAUCAAUGGUCGAUUGUUUAAAUUCCGAGCUCAUGAUCAAUCUCAUCCUCAAUCAUCAAAAAUUUAUGCUGAAGUUGAAAAAAUAUCGCAGGAGCUUAUUGAAUAUGGCCAUCAAUACGAUUCAAGUUGGAUUACGCGACCAUUGGAGCAAGAUGAAACAGUUGCAUCAGUACUUUGUGGACACAGUGAAAGACUUGCAAUAGCGUGGAAUUUUGUUGUUAAUCCUAAUACCACAAAAAUUCAAAUAACAAAAAAUCUUCGUAUUUGUGGUGAUUGUCAUCAAGCAACAAAACUAAUAGCAUCUAUUCGUCAAUGUGAAAUUAUUGUUCGAGAUACAAAUCGAAUUCAUCAUUUUUGUAAAAAUGGGCAAUGCUCAUGUAACGAUUAUUUCUAA